AUGUCUGAUGAUUGGGAAAGCACCACCAAGAUUGGCAGCAAGUACCGCGGAGCCGGCGCCACCCCCCGCGAGACUGUUGUCAAGGGCAAGAGUGCCCUGAACGCUGCCCAGCGUUCUGGUGGUGUCAUCACUGAGAAGAAGUACACCACUGGUAACAUUGGCGCCAAGGCAGGAGCCCCCGAAGGCCAGCACUUGACCAAGGUCGACCGCAGCGAUGACAUCGUCAAGCCUAAGACCGUCGGCAUGGCCGUCGCUGACGCUAUCAAGAGGCGCCGCACCGAGGAGGGCUACAAGAUGACCCAGAAGGAUCUCGCCACCAAGUGCAACACCACCGUGACCGUUAUCCAGGACUUCGAGCGCGGUACCGCCGCCCCCGACCAGAAGGUUCUUGGAUUCAUGGAGCGUGCACUCAACAUCAAGCUCCGUGGAUCAGACAUUGGUGCUGAGAGGUUCCCUAAGAAGAAAUAA